UGGGCGCAGAGUUGCUCGGCACUGGCAGGGUUCUUUCCAGCCCAGAAGGCCGGGACUAGCCUGAGCUCCAGGGGCUAUGGAGUGAGGAGGGAGCGCUGUCUGCCGCAGGAGAGGCCACUACUCGGGAGGCGGCUGUGUGGAGGGCAGGAAGGAGGCUGGGAGGAGAGGGGAAGUCAUGGAGGGGACCUCAGCCCUGGAGAAGAAUGUGGCCGAGCUGACAGUCAUGGAUGUUUAUGACAUCGCAUCAGCAGUGGGACAGGAGUUUGAGAGAGUCAUUGACCAGUAUGGCUGUGAGGCCAUCGGCCGGCUGAUGCCUAAAGUUGUGCGGGUGCUGGAGAUCCUGGAGGUCCUGGUCAGUAGGAAUAAUAUUAACCCAGAGAUGGAGGAGCUGAGGCUGGAGCUGGACAGACUGAGGCUGGAGCGGAUGGACAGGAUAGAGAAGGAGAAGAAGCACCAGAAGGAGCUUGAACUGGUGGAGGAUGUUUGGAGGGGAGAAGCACAGGACCUUCUGGGUCAAAUCGCUCAACUACAGGAGGAGAACAAAAAUCUACUUUCCAAUAUGUCUCUAAAAGAUGUCAAUUUGACAGAGGAAGACUUCCAGAAGCAUGAAGGCAUGUCAGAGAGGGAGAGGCAGGUGAUGAAAAAGCUUAAGGAAGUGGUGGACAAACAAAGAGAUGAAAUAAGAGCCAAAGACAGAGAACUUGUCCUGAAGAAUGAAGAUGUAGAAGCGUUACAGCAGCAGCAGAAUCGCCUCAUGAAGAUCAAUCAUGACCUGCGUCACCGCAUUACAGUGGUAGAGGCACAAGGGAAAUCCCUGAUUGAGCAGAAAGUGGAGCUGGAGGCAUAUCUGCAAGCCAAGGAGCACGAGUCCGGUAAUAUGAGAAUGGAGAUUGCAAAACUGAGAGAGAGGUUGAAAGGAGAACCCAUGCAAAAUGGGGAAGAGAAUAAGGAGCCGGCCGAAGCUGUAAAUGAAGAGUGCAUUUUUGACUCCGAGAAAAUAUCCCUUGACCUCAAAGACUCCAAUCGGCCUCGGUUUACAUUGCAAGAGCUGAGAGAUGUCUUACAUGAAAGAAACGAACUGAAAGCCAAAGUCUUUAUGCUGCAGGAAGAGCUGGCGUACUAUAAAAGCGAGGAAGCCGAUGAGGAGAGCAAGGUUCCACAAUCCUCCCCAUCCCCGAUAUUUAGCUCCAAACCUACAAACCCACAAGAAUCUGGUAUCAAAAGGCUGUUUAGCUUUUUCUCAAGGGAUAAGAAGCGGAUGCCCAUGAUGCAGAAAAACGUCUCCUUUCAGGAAUCUUUUGGUGUGUGGGCAGAUUACAACAGAGACGACGGAUACACGGAGCAGGGACAAGAAGCUUUACAGCAUAUGUGACGGGACAGGGGACAUUGUGUGCACAUAAGGCGGCCUUACGUGCCAUAACCGUACUUAACAAGCCAUGCAGAUUUACUAGGUGACCAGAGGUCACGUACCAGGAGGUCUGUGCACUGUAACCCCGGCUACUUUAUACAGUGCAGGGGAAACCGAACAAAGACCAUCUGAAGUAGUAAGGAUUGGUUCUGUUCUGCAUUGUAGGUUUACCAGGGGACCUCCCAACAGCUGCCAUAGCUUUCCCAUCAGAAGAACACAGUGCCUGGCAUCACCUCCAUUUUUAGGAAUAGUUUGGUUUUAUGCCACCUUGAUGUCACGAGAUCUAUUUGAACCGAUAAAGAUACCGCGGCUUUGCUUUAUGUCUUGCUGAAGUGAUGUGACCGCUAUCACUGUAGGUAUUGGGGGUACUUUAUAAUAUGCUGCUGGAAAUGAGGAUACACCAGAGCCAACGCCAGUAGUUGUGAUACUUGCAGAUAAGGGCCAUCGGAAGGGUUCCCUUGUGGGGCCUUUUUCAGGCUUAGAAUUAUAUGUGAUCACAGUUUAAAAAUAUAUUAAUCCAGAUUACCUACAUGCAGAUACUAAUCGGCCCCCACAGUGCUACAGCGAGUGUUGUGCAAUAGACCUAAUAAAGAGGUAAAGGACAGAUUUUUUUACUAACUAAUGGGGGGGUGGGGGGUGCACUACCACUAGUACUAAAGCAUUCAUUGGAAACUACAAGCACAAGUGUUUUAAAAAAUAUAUAUAUUUUAACUGUUCAGACUCGACUUUUGGAUGAAGGUUGUCGUCCUCCUGCCUGCAGUACAAACUCGCUUCAUGUUGCCAUGAGUAUGACAUACAUUCUGGACUGGUAUGUCUACACCGAGUUGUAAUGAAUUGCGAACCGCUCUGCAUGGACCACUGAUUUGCGCUACAAUUUUGCAAGGAUGUAAAAACUUCAAGGAAGGAGAAUGCCUUUUUAAUUCUCUUUACAUGUGGUCUAUAAAUUGAGAUUUAUGAAAACUGGAACAAAUCUCCUUUGGUUAUAAUGAGUAAAAAAAAAAAAAAAUAUAUAUAUAUAUAUAUUACAGUAUAUAUAAUAUGUUCACGCUACCUUCUUCAGUCCACAAUUAUGUAGAAUACUUGCAAUAGGCCACCUUUUGCACUGGAGCGUAUUUGCCUGUAGAUUUAGUGUUUUGCUAUUUGCGACCUCUUUUAUGAGAUCUUUCUGCAUUUUGCUACUUCCAGAGUCUAUGUACUAAAUUAAAUAGCCUUGAGAGGAAAUCCCAAACUGUGAAAACUGUGAGGUAGAUUUUCUAAUCCUGCUAAUCCCUACACGAGACAGUCUAGGCAGUCUGAAAAUGCACCCAAUUUAUCCCACUGACUAAUGCUGUAUGACAAAUUUGGCGCAUCUUUAGACACUUUUAAUGUUACAUCAGCUAUUUAUUGGCUUACUUUAUAUUUUUGCACACGUUUUCACUUAAAGGGAACCUAUCACUUUGUGAGCGCGGCAUUAUCUGCCAGCAGCAUGUUAUGAAGCAGGAGGAACUAAGCAGACUGAUAUAUAGUUUUGUGGGAAAAUAUUUAAUUAUACUCUGUAUUUCAUUCAUUUAUAUCCAUGUUCAUUCUGAUCUUUGAAGUCAAGUAGUCGGUCCUGUCUGUGAUUGACAACUAUCUGUGUAUAUACAGCCAUAGGGGGAAGGCAGCCAAUCGCUGACAGGAUCACCUUCUUGACGUCAAAGCCCAGAAUGAGCAGAAACUUAAAUAAAAUAAAUACAUGUUUUACAGAAUCUUUUCCCACACAACUAUACAUCAAUCUGCUCAUCUCUUCCUGCUCUAUAACAUGUCUCCGGCUGCUUAGAAACCUCAGAAUUGGGCACAUUUAGUUUAGUAAAUCUCCACUGACGUUAAUAGAUCUGCUUGGACACCUCAGAAUUCUGGUAUAUUUAGGCUUCUUUCACACAAACGUGUGCGCUCCGUGGCCGUAUUGUGGACCGCAUUUGCAGAUCCGUAAUACACGGGCACCGUUCAGUGUGCAUUCCGCAUCACGGAUGCAGACCCAUUCACUUCAAUGGGUCCGGAGAUGCGGAAUGGAAGCACGGAACGGAACCCUACGGGGUGCUUACGUGGGGUUUCGUUCUGUACUUUCAUUCCACAAAAAGAUAGAACAUGUCCAAACUUUUUGCGGAAUGGCCGGAUAAAGUGAAUGGGUCCACGAUCCGCUGCGGCUGCCCUACGGUGGGUGUUAGUUUACUAAAUCUCCACGGAGGUUAAUAGAUCUGCGUGGACACAACCACUGAACAUGAUAGAGGAAAGAUCUACAUCAAAUGUAUGCUUUUUAUUGUCUAAUAUUUGUGUAUUGUCCAGUUUCUGGACAAAAGGAUUAGCCAUACCAAAUAUUGCAGCACAUGGACAGAAGUGGCCACCUUCUGUUAGCUUGUUGCCUCAUGUCACAGGGUCCUUUACUAUAUGUCAGCUGUUAACAUACUCUAAUAUACAAAUUUUCACUGGAGGCAAUAGACGUGGCUGAAUGCAUGUCUACAAGAGCAAAAUGCUAUAUCUGAAUGAGAUAAUGCUUAGUUUUAAUGGGUUAUCCAGUACUAUGUAAGAAAUACAGUGGAUCUUCUGCUGCUCCUCAAGCAGCACCAAGACUGGGGGCAACAGCGCAGGAGUGAGAGGACAGGCACUUGCUCAUUGGAAAUCUCUGCUGCUUGGAGAGCAGCAGAAGAGACGCUGCACAAGUGCAGGCAUGGGAAGAGUGGGCUAAGCCACAAGUCUGGCCCUAUCAAUCCAGGGAAGGGGGGGAAGAAUCUGGUGCUGCGAGGGCUCUGGCCAACCCCUUGUUUCUCUAGUGAGCUAUUUUGCAAAGUUUUCUUUAGUUUUCUGAUCAAUGGGGCAAUGUACUGUCAUAAUCAGAGUAUUGCUUUUAUCAGCAUGAUCAACCCUACCAGGCUGUAUGCCUAGUUCAAUAGGGUUGAUCAUUCUGACAGAUGCUCUUUAUAGACAGAAAUUACCUCUGUUCUUUUUUGAGUCAAUGAGCCUGAAGAUUGGCUCUCCUUAAAGGGGUUCUGCAGUUCUUUUAAACUGAUGAUCUAU